UUCCUCGCGUCUGUGGGAAAAAGGGAAGCGAAGGCGGAGGAGGAGGAAGGAGGAGGGAAGGUGUCUUUGCUCCUCUGCGGGUUCCCCUGGGGAGCAACCUCCCCCAACCCCUCCUCCGCCAUGGCCUCGGAGGGGAAAAGGGCGCCAGACAACGAGGGCGGCAUCAAGUUAUCAGCAGAUGUCAAACCGUUUGUCCCAAAAUAUGCUGUGCUUAAUGUGGCAUGGUCAGAAUCCUCAGACGCAUGUGUCUUCCCUAACUUCGCAACUACAUGCUAUCCAUUUGUUCAGGAACUACCUGUGACUGAACAGAAGGCUUAUACCGAAGAUGUCUCUCUUGGAUCUUCACCUUUCUCAUCUCAGUAUUCAUCUCCUGAUAUUGCUGUUGAUCACCAGUGCACCUCUUACUCAUCUGUGUCAACACAAAGUGUUUGUUCAGUUCCUGGCUCACAGUAUGAUUAUAACCACCCUAAAUGUUAUAAUAAUGUGCGAAUAGUUAAAUCCAGAAAUGAACAAAUUUGUUCUCUCCCACAAGAAACUAAAAGCCUGUUUAAGAAAAGAACGACGUUUGAUGAGCAAAAAUUAAACAAUAAAGGGACCGAAGGAAAUUCAUCCUCUGAUAUAAAAUCAGCUAAAGGUCCCCAUCAGAUUUCUACUCACACUGAAGGUGGUUCAAAAUCAGACAUUUAUCAUAAGCGUGCAGACAGGAAACCUAAAACCAGCCGAAAAAAUGUACCUUCUUCCAAACCUGAAUUUGAACUUAAGCUGUUGGAUUUUCCUAAACUACAAGGUUCUGAGAACAGUGACAUACCAGAAUUACAAAAGCAACCCAAGUGGGGACCUUUGAGCUCCACUGCUAGUGAUAUAUCCCUCAUUAGAGAAGUGGUGAAACCUACAUUAUCAAAGGAAGACUUAGUUGUGAAAGCUGAAACAACUGCAUCUGAGCCUGACACUAAUCCCCCCUCUUCUACAAGAGAGCUAUCUUGGACACCAAUGGGUUAUGUUGUUCGACCAACAACCACUGAAACACCAACCCUUAAAAAUGUUACUUCACUAGUAAACACAAAGAAAAAUGGUUCAUCAGUAACCCCUAAGAAAGUUACCACAUCAUUUUCAUCACCUGAAGUUCUAACUACCAAUGCUUACAACAAAGAAAAACAAAUAGCUCGGGAUCCUAAAAAGACAAAAAACAACAAUGUGGGUGAAAGUGACCAGGAAGAAAUGAGAAAGAACAAGAAAAAGAAAAAGAAGCCUAAAGCAAAUUAUGAAACUCUUACGGUCCAAGAGCCACCAAGGAUUGAAGAUAUUGAAGAGUUUCCUAAUCUGGCUGUUGCUUCUGAAAGAAAAAACAAAGUGGACCCAUCAAAAUGUUUAUCUAAACAUCAACCAGAGGAUUCUGAAGAACUUGUUAACCGUACACUGACUUCUGACAGAAGAAAUGGACCACAGUCAUCAAAAUUUCACUCUAAACAGCAACCAGAGACUACUACAAAAAAGUUUGGGAAGAAGAGUCAAAUUCCAGUGAAGUUGGAUUUGGGAGGAAUGCUGGCUGCAUUGGAAAAAAAGCAGCAUUCACAGAAUUCAAAACAGUCUUCCAAACCUGUUGUAGUUUCUGUUGGUGCAGUACCAGUACUUUCUAAAGAAUUAGCAACAUCAGUGAAAAAUCACCGGUUAAAUCAAGUGAUGUCUCCUCAUAAUCCGUUGGAUUCCAGUUCUCCCUUAAUAAAGAAGGGCAAGCAAAGGGAAGUCCCAAAGGCCAAAAAGCCAACAUCCCUGAAGAAGAUUAUUUUGAAAGAGCGAGAAGAAAGAAAACAGAAACAUCUCUUAGAACAGCUUUCAGUUCCAGCAUUUGCUCAAAGGACUGAGCAAGAUUUGGCAAAUAAUGUUAACAGUCAAUCAUCUGACCAUGUUGCCCGGCCAGAUUUUGAGCAAAUAGAGGAAAAAGAAGACUCAGUCCCUGAUUCUUCUACUGUCGAAGUGGAAAAUACAUCAGAAGAGCCCCUAGAUAGUCAUGAACUCCAACAGGAUGCGGAAGUUUCCCCCAUUGUUACACAGCCAGUUUCUCCUUUACCAAAGAUCCAUAGUAGGAGAUUUAGAGAUUACUGCAGUCAAAUGCUUAGUAAAGAAGUUGAUGACUGUGUGAUGGAUCUUCUUAAAGAACUGGUUCGAUUUCAAGAUCGUAUGUAUCAGAAAGAUCCAGUAAAAGCAAAGACAAAACGCCGGCUUGUGAUGGGACUCAGAGAAGUGCUCAAACAUCUGAAACUCAGAAAACUAAAAUGUGUUAUUAUUUCUCCAAACUGUGAAAAGAGCAAAUCAAAAGGUGGGUUGGAUGAGACAUUGCAUACCAUUAUCAAUUAUGCCUGUGAACAGAAUGUCCCAUUUGUGUUUGCUCUCAAUCGGAAAGCUCUGGGACGGAGUGUAAACAAAGUAGUACCAGUCAGUGUGGUAGGAAUUUUCAGCUAUGAUGGUGCGCAGGAUCAAUUUCACAAAAUGAUAGAGCUUACAAUGGAAGCCAGACAGGCAUAUAAGGUUAUGCUAUCAACUUUAAAAGAAGAGAAUGAAGCACUAGAGAUGGAGAAUCCUAUAUCCCCCUUGCUUACUCCGCAGAGUGAAAGUUGCUCUUCAGAACAUAGUAAAACAGCUGAUAAAACAAAAGAGGAAGAACCAAAUUAUAUUAAAAUCUGGAAGAAAAAUCUUGAAGAGUAUAGUCCGUAUGCACUGGAAUUAGAGCAGACUUCAACCACUGAAAUGCUGAACUUGAAUUUAUGAGAAAAGAAUACUUGUUUUGGGGUGGGGAGGAUGUUCCAUACCCAUAGUAAAAACUACAGGAACCACUGAAGAACCUUUGCAAAUCUUUUGACAAAAUUGCCAACAGGGGCCACAACAUGAGCCUCUUACACAGUUCCUCCCGGAGUAAACAAGUAAUUAAAUCUUGAUUAGUCAGAGCUGGUAGUGUGAAGAUCUGAGCACAGUGACACACUCUGAGACUUCUACUACAGAUGACUAACCUAGUAAAGUUAAAUCAUGGUUUAUUUUGGAUAAAAAUACUUAAUCCAGUUAUGUAAAGUGAUAUAUUCUGGUACAGUACUCUGUUCAUUACUGGACAUGCUAAAUGUCUUAGUUAAAGCUAUUCAAUAGGAAAAUAAGAUUAUGCCAGUUCUAUUAAAAAUGUUUUUGAAACUCAUUUUUCUGAAUUUACACAAAAUAGUAUGGAAAUAUUGAGAACCACAAUUAAAAGCAUUAGUUCGAGUAUCUUGAUACUUGGUGAAAAUACCUUUGAUUUAACAUAAACACUGAUUCAAUACUGGACUCAUUUAAAAUAUCCUAAUACCAAAUAAAAAUGAACCAUUUAAGAUUAAAUUGGGAUCCUAAUACAAUAUAUGAAAUUUAAGAAUAAAAACCUUGUCACUUUUAUCUUUUCAUGGUAUGAACACAGGCUAUAUCCAUAAAUGAUUCACUAAAAACUAAAAUAAAAGAAAAUAUGAACUGUCACAAGACUGCUAUGAAAACCAGUAAAAGAUUUCCAUGUAAAAAUCAUACUAAGGAGAGCAUAGACUUUAUGAAGGCAUAAACCACUGUCUGUUAGAAGAUAGUACAGAAAUAGACCAUAGCGAACUCAGUUAUUCAUGAUAAUAGGAAUAGGAAUACCUUGAGUGAAUAAAUCAAAAUCCUUUUCCUCAGUUCAUCUACUAACCUCACCUAGAGAUUUGUUUCACCAGAAACAUUGAUUAUAUAGAAUUUCACCUUUCCCAAAUCUAAGAGAAUUAUAUGAGUAAAAAGUAUAGCAGUCAGAAUGGAAAUUGCAAAAGCAGCAGCAAGCCCUGGAAAAUGAACCACAAGCCUAGUCAUCAAAAAUGGACUAUCAUGACAUCAUCUUAUUCUUUGGUGUCAUUGCCCUAGUUCAUUUGUUCAGAAAUUAAUAAUAACAGGUAUAGAGUACUUUUAAGGUUCAUGUGGUGGUAUACGUGUAUUAUCCCAGUUGACCCCUUUGAGGCUGGUGACAUCAUUUUCUCCAUUUUACAGAUGAGGAUGGUGAGGCUGAGAGGUUAAAAACUUACCUAGGGUCACACAGCUAGUAAAUGGGGUAGGAUUUCAGCUCUUUAGUCACCACACCCCUACUUGCCUCAAAGCUGACAAGAAAAAAGGAAUGCUUUUUGUUUUGUUCUUUUUGUUUUUUUAAUUUUUUGCAGGGCAAAGAGGGUUAAGUGACUUGCCCAGAGUCACACAGCUAGUUAAGUGUCAAGUGUCUGAGGCUGGAUUUGAACUCGGGUACUCCUGAAUCCAAGGCCAGUGCUUUAUCCACUGCGCCACCUAGCUGUCCCAGGAAUGCUUUUUGAAACAAAUUAAGGAUUGGUUUCGUAGGAGAAAAAAAAAAUCUAUAAAAACACUUACUAAAAUGCAUUUAGACAGUUUACAUUUAUUUGUCAGCCUUAACUACAGCAAGAUGUCCUUAAAUCAACUUGACUAAGAGCUAACAAUAAAACAUCGCAUUGACUCUCUAUGGCCUGUGUACAAGUAGUCACAUUGUUCACCUUCAUUUUCCAAAAUAAAUCAUGAUGGGAUUCUAUAGGUUCCUGUAUUAGUGAACACAACAUGAGUUUCCAUGCCUUAAGAGAAAAUAGUGUUCAAAUUGUGAAUAUUUCAUUAGUAGCUGAUUUUUUUUUUUAAUUUCAAAACAGUGACAAAUCUUGCUCUAAUUUCUCCAUUCUCAGCUGCUUUUGAAGAACUGAUUUCCAGCUUUAAGCUAUCUGGAAUCUUCCUUGAAGUAUGGUUGGAAUAGAAGAAGCUUUAACUUCCACGGUUUUUCAUCAGUUUUUCUCCAGUCUCUUGUUUAAAUAGGUGUCCUCAUUACAGCUUUCCUGAAAGAAAAUCAGGCUUAAUUUUCCCUUUGAAUCUAUACUCUAGCAUUAUACUCAAGCUUUUCUUGUGAAGAAAUUAGAAUUCUAAUAGGAUUUAGGUCUUAUUGCUUGAGAUCUGGUUCUCUGUCAGGAGAUAAAAGUAGAAAUUAAUACAGAGAAAAAGAUUUCUGGUACAUCAAGUGAUACAUGAGAAUGAGAUUAGUUUUUGCUAAUAGGAAUUACUCUAAUGCCAUCUACUCUCUAAGAAAAUCAUUGUUCACUUAUUAGCAGAAAUAUGGACCAUUGGAGAAGGUAGGAUACUUCCUUUCUCAUUAUUGCGAUUUUUAAAGAUGAACUCCCUCCAGACCUGAAGCUGUUAUUUCAUAUUUGCCAGUUGGUUGUUUUUGUUUUGUUUUGUUUUGUUUUUACCAGCUUUGGUGCAGCUCCAAGUGGAGUAGGGGACAAGGCAUUUGUGCACCAUGGAUAGGGUUUGAAAAUUGCAUUCCAUUUGUGUUACCAGCUACCAGCUUUGUAUCUUGGGAUUUGAAGUUUUAGUUCCCAGAGGGACAUUUUGAAGUUAUCUGACUAACCCCCUUCAUUUAACAUGUAAAGAACUUUCACUUAUGUGCAACAUAACAUCACAAAAUAAACACAUCCCCAUUAAAGAGGAA